GGUUGCUGGACCUGCCAAAGCCAAGGCCUCUCCCAAAGGCGGUCUGCUGGUCACGGAGUUGCGGAAGAGGUUAAAGGCGCUGGGGCUGCCCAUCAAUGGCUCCAAGGCAGUGCUGGAGGCCAGAUAUGAGGCCGCCGUCUCCAACCAGGACUCGGAGCCGCCCGCUGAGAACUCAACAAUCGACAGACAGGAGGUGAAGCGGUCACCGUCGCCGUCGCGAUCACCUUUGGCAAAGCGUCCCAAGGUGGAGCCACAGGUGAGAGAGGAGGAGGAGCCAGAGAUGGAGGAGGUAGAGAUGGAGGAGUUGGACUCCCCGAGGAGCUCCCUGGACUUUGCGGCGGACCUCGAGGCGCAGCUGGACCACCUGGAGGCCGAGGCGGCGCAGCCCAUGCCCGACAGUGCGCCCCUCGCGGCGCUGGUUCCGUCAGAGGUCCAAAGCGCGGCGCAGGGGCCGACCAAAGGCCAGGCGCAAAGCAUCAGCCCGGCGCAGAAGGAGGCGGAGAAGGAGGAGGCGGAGUUUGCAAAGGAUGCCAAGGCGGAGGGUUUGGAGCCCUUAGCCACGGGAGAAGACAUGCUGCCGGACCGGUACAGGCGGAGUCUGGGGUCGCCGCACCAGGACCUCAUCGAGGCGGUGGUGAGCUCUCAGGCCUGGCGGAGGCCGGGGCUCCGGAACUUAGUACGGAGCCUGCACGACUUGGACCAGGUGGAGAGGGGGGAAGUACCCAAGCGGAUCCACGAGCUGGGCGACGAGAAGCUUGCGGAGCUGCUUUUGCGGUACCAGGAGGCAGUGGAGCGCCCGCUGCAGGCCUUCUCCCAGCACCUGAAGCCCGCGCUCGCGCGACGGAUCCAUGUGGGGACCAUGGACUACAUGGGCGGAUCCCACGAAUCCUACCGCCGCACGUUCGAGUUCAUAGAAAUGACCAACACCUGGUUCGACUUGGACUCGCCCACCCGGGAGAUUAGCUCUCUCUACAGGGACAAGCUGAGUUGCUCCUACAAGCCUCCGGCCGUGUACCAGGCACUGGCGGAGAGGGCCGUGGACAAGCGCGACUCCUUCCGAAUGGUGGUGAAGGUGAGUUGCGUGGCCACGCAUAUCCUGAAGCUGCAGAACGUCACGGACUGGUGGCCGAAGCUCUGGCAGGAGAAGUACUGCCACCUGUCGGCGGCCACCGUGGCCUUCCUUUGGCAGUUCCCCCCCAGCUUCGUGUACAGCGACGAGCUGGUGCGGCGGUUUGAGCGGCUCAUCGAGUACCUGAACUCCCCUGCCAGUGGCGUGCAAGAGGCGCGGCACAUUGUGGACUUCCGCGAUGGCUCGUGGUACCGGGAGGAUGUCUACGACUUCUUGAGGAAGCAUCGUUGGUGUCUGGCCUGGCUGCAUUUGAACAACACGAGUGGCUGGGCCUCAAAUUUGCCCAGCGGGUGGACCGACCGGGUGCAGACGACCAACUUCUGCUUCUGUCGGCUCUUCGGUCCGGACGGGCAAUCCCACGGCACCUACGACAACGAAUUCCUGCAUGAGCUCUUCGACAGCUGCCCGAUGGGCACCACGAGUUAUGUGCUCUUCGGCAACAAGGAGACUUUGGAGGACUCGAACCCCGAUCCUGUGCCGGCGACGCUGAAUGCGGUGUCUUUCAGGACCAUCUUCACCAAGAUGGACUUCGUAGAGCGGAUCAGGGACGUGCGAUACAAAGGGAAGUGCCCGCGGAUCUUGACGCCGGAGGAGACGCUGCUCAUCAAUUCCUUCUACCUGCGCUUCUCGCAGAAGGCGCGAGCGCACGGCAUUCAGGUGACGUCGCCUGUGUGCUCCCAGUGGACGCGGAAGUACAAGCCGGAGGCGCCUAAGGAGAAGCGAUCCUACGAGUGGUACUUCCCAGACACCGGAGAUCGCCUGCAUUUGGGGCUCCACGACGCCAAGGAAGAGGAGGACCUCUGGGUCUUCCUGCGGCAGCUCACCGGCAUGGAGGACCUCCAGGCCGCCAAGGACUACGCGUGGAACAAUGCUGGCCAGUACGGUCUGGAGGCCUUCAGGCGCGAGGAUGUGUCGCUGCUCGUGGGCUCCAUGGUGCGCUGGUCCGAGAAGGCCCGGAUGAGGGGCUUGUUGAGCUCCACGAAGCUGAACUUCAUCCACAAGGAUGGGAAGAGCAUGGAGUUCCUCCUCUCCAACGGCGAGAAGCUCUGGCUCAGCACGGAGGACCUCAAGGAGGAGGAGGACCUGUGGAAGUGGAUCUUGGACCUGAGCCGCGUGCCCGUCCAGAAGCUGGUUCCUGCCGAGCCGGCCAAAGAGAAUGACCCCUGGAAGGACGGCUCCUGGAAGCGAAACGCCCAGGAGAUGUGGGAUCGGAAGCGCAAGGAGGGUGAGAAGGGCGACUGGUGGGAGGACAAGACCUUCAAGGGCGCGGACCAAGCCAGUGCCAGUACGCAGGUGUGCUGGAAUUUCCAGCAGGGCACAUGCCUGCACGGCUCCAAGUGCCGCUACUCCCACGGCGAUGCUCCCGCGGGAUCUGUUCAAGGCCAGGUUUGUUUUGCUUUCCAGCGGCAAGGCUUCUGCAAAUGGGGGGACAGGUGCCACAGGCGACAUGAGGAGGCCCCGAAGAGGAACACGGACCGUGGCUCCUUUUGGCGCGACUGAGAUCGGAU